AUGUUCGCGAGCAGGCCGGUGGUGCACCCGCUGGAGGUGGCGGCGCCCGCGGAUCCGGUGCAGCCGGCGCCGGGCGUGCUGAUGAAGGACCUGCCCGGGAUGCCGGGGACGCCCGGCGGCCUCGGCCUCCGCGUCCUGCAGCUCCUCUUCGCAGCCAUCUCGCUCGCCGCCAUGUCCUCCACCGUCGACUUCGCCAGCGUCUCCGCCUUCAGCUACCUCAUUGCAACAACCAUCUUGCAAUGUGUGUGGAGCCUUACGGUAGCCAUUGUGGACAUAUAUGCACUACUUGUUAAGCGUUGUUUACGAAAUCGUCGGGCUGUUGCUCUUUUUGCCAUUGGAGAUGGGAUAAGUUCUGUUGAACAAUUUCUCAACUCUCCUCUGUCGUGA